CCGAUGUUCCGUCAACACGAGUGGUAGCAGUGGAAGAAGAGAAGUCGAGCGCGGAAAUAAAUUUGAGAUUUUUUUUCGAAAAAAACAUCUCCGUAAAAAAGUUAGCUAUGUGUGGUUUUAUUGCAGAGAUGUAAAUUUCGCGUACAGUCAGUGAAGUCUGCAGGCUUAGCAUAUGAAGUUUGCUUUAUUAGUAUGAUAGUAGCUGCAUGUUUUAGCUCUGGGGCCUCCACGAGGUUGGAGCGAUAGCAAGCUUGCAAGCCAGGCUCUGCUUUCUUCUUUUAACCUUUAAAGUAAAUAAACAAAACCCAAAAUGUCAGGAUUUAACUUUGGAACAAGUACCUUGGGCUCAACUAACGUUGGCGGGAACUUUUCAUUUGGAGCGGCAACCAGCGCCCCUGCUUCAGGCACUGGCGGGUUCAGUUUUGGGGGUCUGGGUGCAGUGACCUCCGCACCAGCCGCUACCACAACCACCUCCUCUCUAGGCUUUGGGGGCAGCUUGUUUGCACAGAAACCAGCAAGUGGGUUCUCCUUCAACACACCUGCUUCAGGGGCUGCUGCACCAUCUACUGGCCUGACUUUAGGAACUCCGGCUGCAUCCACUGCUGCAUCAACGGGCUUCGGCUUUGGAAAACCGGCUGCAUCGGCAACCCCAUUCUCCCUGACCACUACGACCAGCUCUGCCCCCGCGGCUACAGGCCUGACGCUGGGCUCCAUCCUCACGUCUGCGGCCCCUCAGACCGGCUCGACAGCCUUUUCCCUCAACCUGGGAGGGAUGGCAGCUGCCUCCUCUGCUCCGGCUGCCGGCCUCACCCUUGGCUCUUCUCUCUUCUCCAGCUCUGCCUCAACAGGUUUAGGACAGCCCACUCUUGGGGGAGGCUUGAGUCUUGGUGGGUUGCUCUCGACCUCCACCGCAUCGACGGCCCCAAUCGCACUCGCACCCAGCAUGGGCCUGGGUGGAGUGGACUUCAGCACCUCCUCAGAGAGCAAGAGUGAUAAGUCAUCCAGUACUAGACCCGAAGACAGCAAAGCUCUCAAAGACGAAAACCUCCCUUGCCCGAUCUGUAAUGAUGUGGACAACUUCCAGAAGUUUGUGAAGGAGCAGAAGCAGGUUCAGGAGGAGAUCAGCCGCAUGUCCUCCAAAGCCAUGCUCAAGGUGCAGGACGACAUCAAGAGCCUGAAGCAGCUGCUGUCGAUCAGCAGCAGUGGGCUGCAGAGAAACGCCCUCUCCAUAGACAAACUCAAGAUGGAGACCGCCCAGGAGCUGAAGAAUGCUGACAUCGCUCUCAGAACCCAGAAGACACCCCCUGGGCUGCAGCAUGAGAACAGCGCCCCCUCUGAUUAUUUCCGCGCUCUGGUGGAGCAGUUUGAGGUGCAGUUGCAGCAGUACAGGCAGCAGAUCGAGGAGCUGGAGAACCACCUGACGACCCAGAGCAGUGGCUCCCACAUCACCCCCCAGGAUCUGUCCCUGGCCAUGCAGAAGCUUUACCAGACAUUCGUGGCGCUGGCUGCUCAGUUGCAGGCCGUCCACGAGAACGUAAAGGCGCUGAAACACCAGUACCUGAGCUACCGACGGGCCUUCCUGGACGACUCGACAGACGUGUUCGAGCUGAAGCGAGCAGCUGGCCGCAAGCCUCAGGGAGCGCCGCGAGUCACCACAGGCCCAGCCCCCUUUGGCGCCGUCCCCAACGCGGCAGCUGUCGCCAUGGCGGCCACGUUGGCGCAGCAGCAGCAGCCCGCCCCAGGGACGCAGGCGCCCAUGGGCGCGAGUUUUGGCACCCCCUUUGCCUCGGGCAUGGGCACUAGUAUGGGCUCUACCAGCCUUGGAGCUUUUGGUAGCGGCGUGGGGUUCGGGGCCAUGGCAGCAGGAGGCUCAUCGUUCGGUUUUUCCGCUAGCAAGCCAUCUGGAGGGAGUCUGAGCGCAGGGUUUGGGAGCUCCAGCACCUCAGGCUUUAACUUCAGUAACCCAGGCAUCAACGCGUCGGCCGGGCUUACCUUCGGGGUGUCCAACACCCCGACCACAGGCUUCGGCACAGGAGGCACUCUUUUGCAGCUCAAAAAGCCCCCAGCGGGCAACAAGAGAGGCAAGAGAUAAAACGGCCAGCGUGACGGGGUUAAUGGGAAUAUGCAUUUAGGCCACAGGGAGUCAACGUUAGUUACAGAUCUCUGUACCUUUUGGUGAGCGUGCUUAAGGGACAGCCAUCUUAUUAGCACACUUGAUGUUUUUGCGUUUUGCCCAUCAAAGUGUCCUGUACUUUAAGAUUAUUUUCUGUGUAUUUUCUCACUGAUUGUGUGAUGCUACACUGACACUCUGCUAGUGUGUGGGACUGGCAACCUCGGGAGUGUUGAGGUGAUGCAGGAUGAAUUUUACCACCCACUGCAGUUGAUGGAAUGAGGGGAAGAAAUGCUGAAGAAGCCUCAAUGUAGAGCUGUUUGGUUUUGCGAAUAAUUGCAAUCUCAGCCAUUCUGUGUUUGUCACAUUGUUUUUGCUCUUGUGCCCUGUGACUGUAUGCGUGUCAGUCCAUCUAGCAUGUUAACUAUUCUUCUCAUUCACAAUCGGAUAAUGAUUUGUUCUUUCUCCUCAAAGUGUACCAGAAGGUGAAGGCAAACAGUGUGAAAAAUGUUUACUUUGUGUGCCUCCAUUUGCUGUUUUGUUUUGCCUGUUGUAUUGUCAAUUACCAAAUAGUAACUUUCUAGACUUUGUGUGCAAAUCGUUAUUUUUUUCGACUUCAAAGAGGUUUAAUAAUAAAAGGAAGAGAUUUCACUAA